AUGGAACAACAAAGAGUGCGGUAUGUGCUCGAAACAAUUACGGAUCCGAUCAAAUUACGAAAAAAAUUACUUCCAUUAGUGGAAGAAUGCGGAAAAUUGUCAGGGGAGGAUGCUUUUGGAUGGGCCCUGCUUGCGAAAUUAGUUUAUGCUUGUGAUCAAGAGAUGCUGAAAACUAUUUCAUCAAGAAUUCAGAAGAGGUUGAUUGCUGCUCUUAAACAACCAAUUACGAUUCCUCUGUUGCACUUUGUCCGUUCAUUCCUUGUUUGUUUUCAAUGGUUCAAAAAUUUCAAUGAACAGACUUUGGCAUGUAUUUGCUCACAUGCCGUGGAUUUCAGUGUUAAAAGUUGUUCUGAAGACACUACUAGGCUCGUUUCCAAUAUAUAUGCAUUGUGGGCAGGAACUAAGUAUGAUUAUAUCUUGAUAAAGGCACUGAAAAGUAUAUUGAAUGAUUCGAUUGUUGAAGAAAACGAUGAGAACGAGAAAACACUAUUUCGUUUUGAGACAGCUGUACAACGACACCUUCCGCAGUUUAUUACUACAAUUUUUAACUUGCAUACAGAAGUAAUGAUACGAUGUCCGCCAGAUGACAAAAUUGCUAUAAAUGAGUGGUUGGAUAUCGCAUCUGAAUCAGCAACUAUUAUUGAAGCCGAAAAAAGAAACUCCAUUUUUCGAUGGUUAAAGACUUUCUUAUUAAAAGCUAAAAGCUGUGCACAUCUUGCUGUGCGAAGAAUUUCCUCAUUUAUCAGUGAUUUUUCCCAUCCAAGUGAAGCUUAUUACGAAGCAGUAAAAGAAUAUGUUCAGUUGGGACCGAAUCUGACUGUUAAUGCUCUCUUCAGAACCCUUAUUCGUUCUGCCAAGUGUCAGUUGAACUCGCAGGAAUAUGGAAAAGCGUACGCUGAAGCGGUGGGUGCAAUGCUGGAAUUAAGACCUUAUCUACUGGAUAUUCAGGAUGUGAUAGAGCUGCAGCAUUUAGUUUGUCAGGAAGCCUUCCAAAAUCGAAAAUGUAGACCGGCACUAUCAUUGCUAAAUUCACUGCUAGCUAUGAACAAUGAAUUGGUGCCGUCGCCUAUUCAGAUUGCACAAAGCAUCUUCAAUGGCAGCGAUAAUUGGUGCGAAGAAAUACGUCUAGGCCGAGCGUUGUGUUGUUCUAUUUCGCGACCGCGUAUUCACAUAAUGAUAUCUCAAGAAGAUUUGUUGAAGAAAUUAAGUGAUGCUGUGAUGAGUGACCGGCAGAUAUACCUUGACGGUUCUCAGAAUUUGGCUGAGUCAGCUAUGCCGGAGAGACAAUCUAACAGCACUUCAAUUAGUAAUGAACUUGUUAGUGAAAAUCAUAUAGAGAAUCAUGAAAAUGUUGGAAUGGGACAGGCUGGAAAUGUUGUUAGGAAGCGAGUGCACCCGUCAGCAGUUAAAGUUAAAACAACCCUGAAGUGUGCACGAAUUGAUUUUGAAUAUGGCGAAGAAAUGCUUUCUUCCAGGAGCGAAAGUUCGCAGUCCUCGGAAACAUUAGAAACAAUAGAUGAACAAGAAAUCCCAAGGGAAGCAGGGAAUACUUUAGUACGAGAUGCUGCUGCAAAUGCUGCAGUGGUGAAAGUUAGUUCAGAUUUUGAGAUCGUAACUUUGGAUAAAGAUGUAGCCCAUCGUGAAUUAACUGUUCAGCAAAUGAUGGCCGAUUUUGUGCCCGAGUUGAAAUCUCGUUCAUAA